AUGCUUGCUGUCCCUCUACUCUCACCUUUCACAACGCCUUCAUCAAAGCGACGUAAGGUUGCCGCAGAGCUGCGCAAAGCUGGAGGCAACAAGGGCUUAUACUUCCUCAAAACCUCACCUCCCCGAAGGCCAAAGAUAGGAAAACGAUACGGUCAAUCUUCGUUGCCCGGCCUGCUGCAACCUGGUUUUUUUACAUCGCCCUCCUCUCCCUCGCCUCCAAGACUGUCGCCCUCCCGAUCCCUGCAAGCAGACUCGCAAGGAAGCGCAAACGAACAGUCAUCGACAGAAGACUGGAGAUCGACCACGGCCACGAGCUCUCCGACCGUUACGGACGGCGAGUCGACCCAGGACACCACCUGUUGGCAGAUGUCCUCGUCCAACGGCCGGGCGGCCGGCCAGCCCGCCGCUAGUGAUCCCCAGAAGGAAGAUGUGUCGAUGGCAGACAGCGGCUCACAGGAAAACUCUCACGCCGCUACACCGGCCAUCAAGAGACCAGCUGCUGAAAUGGGGUCUGACGAGCACGACACUGUGAUGCAGAUGGAUUCGUUUACCGCCCACGAAGACAACAGCAAGUCAGGCACCGCCUUGAACAAGAAGCAAAGCGAGCGUCUGAACCGGCACCAGCGUGAUGCGUCUGUGGACAUGGUUGGAAAGGAGCCCGAAGCUGAAUCGCUCAAGGGAAACUCGAAAAACUCUUCUGAGGCCGGCGGUUCGGGGUCUGAUCACCCCUACCCUUCACCAUCAACCAUAUCAUCCUAUACCGCAUCAAACAGCGAGCCGGCCUAUUCCUCACAUUCCUCACACGACAGCCCGUCCAUCGACGAACAGGUCGCCCAGGUGAUGCAGUUGAUGCAGCAGAGCCCCGCUGAUAAGCAAAAGGGCUACAUUGUCUCCGCCACCUGGCUGAAGAGAGUUCUCUCGAGGAGUUCGACUCUUCCACGGCCGGACAAGGCCGAUAAGCUAGCGGCUGAAGGAGAAAUCGGCCCUGUUGACAAUUCAGACCUUGUUCUAGUCACCGAUCCAGAGACUAUUUUCAAUGAUGAAGCCGGCAAGCCGUUUGUUCCCAUGCGCCCCGGCCUUCAGAUGGGCGAGGACUACGAAAUCUUGCCAGAGGAGGCUUGGAACCUAGUGAUGAAAUGGUAUGGCCUGUCAAAGGACUCUCCUGCCAUCGUUCGAUAUGCGCAUAACACAAACACUGAAGGAGACAUGGAGCACAUUCAGUACGAGCUCAAUCCUCCGAUAUUCUCUAUCCUGAAACUUUCUUCAAAUCCUACAGAGGCAGAAAAGUCUCAGCCUCCUGUCAGGUUCCUCGCCAGCCGACAUACCCCUUUUCAGCAGUGGCUGAAAACUGCAAAGAGCCUUGCAUCCAUCGACAUGUCAACCAAGACCCGCGUUUGGAGGAUCUUGGAGGGCCUUGGUAGCUCUACCAAUGUAACUCCGGCCACGUCAAGAAGUGCAUCCCCUGCACCUGGGACUACAGUUAGCGCAAAGAUUCCCACGUCAAUCUCCCUAGGUCUUGAUACUUUCGUGGCUCUCACCGAAGGCUCCCAGCGAGAGCUAGUGGACGUCAAGGACCAAACAUCGAAUCCAAAUUACAACGGCAAGACAUCUAUUCACGUCAUUGGACUGGGAAGCGACAAUGUUAUCGUCCUCGAGGAGCAAGUUGGAGGCCCAGCUGGUGGAGAAUGGUUGUCUGAAACCUCAAAGUCGAGCUCCAAUCUGACAGUGGGCGCGGGAGCUAAGGCAAACAUCCAAAACAGACUAAAGUCCAAGAGCUCUUCAGGCAGUGGAAGAACAUCACCUGCUCCCUCUAUCGUUACUCGAGGAAGACGGCGUAAGGACGGCAAAGCACGAGGAGUCACAGGUCUAAGCAACCUAGGGAAUACCUGCUAUAUGAACUCUGCACUACAGUGUGUUCGCAGCGUUGAAGAACUGUCUCAUUAUUUCUUGCUGGGCGAAUAUAAAAAGGAUCUGAAUCCGAAUAACCCUUUGUCUCACAAUGGGGAAGUUGCCAAGGCAUAUGCAAAUCUUCUCCAACAAAUAUUUGACGCCCAGGGUUCAGCGUCGUUUGCUCCCCGGAAUUUCAAGGUCACCAUUGGGAGAUAUGGCCCGUCAUUCUCUGGCUACGGUCAGCAAGACUCUCAAGAGUUCCUACUUUUCCUUCUGGAUGGGCUGCAAGAGGAUCUGAACCGGAUCCAGAAGAAACCGUACAUCGAGAAACCGGAUUCCACGGACGAAAUGGUUCAUGACAAAGCUGCUCUCCAGCGCUUCGCUGACCGAUGCUGGGAAAUUUACAAGGCAAGGAACGACAGCGUGAUUACGGAUUUGUUCUCUGGGAUGUACAAGUCUACUGUUGUCUGUCCGACCUGCGACAAAGUCAGUAUAAUCUUUGAUCCGUUCAACAACCUGACUCUUCAGAUACCGAUUGAGAACACCUGGAGCCAUAAGAUCAUGUUCUUUCCUCUGCACAAGCCGCCUGUGAAUGUGGAAGUGGACAUUGACAAGAACUCAAGCAUCAAAACGGUGAAACAAUACGUUGGCCAAAAGAUGAACGUAGAUCCGGACCGACUGGUGAUGGCCGAGAUAUACAAGAACAAAUUUUACAAGCUAUUUGACCACUCUCAGAGUAUUGCGGACCACCAAAUCGGCGAGGGCGAUACUAUCGCAAUGUAUGAACUCGACAGCGUCCCGACCAGCUAUAACCCCGACAAACCACAUCGAUUCCGGUUCUCAUCCGAGGAGCCCACCGGCUUUGACUCACACAAAGGCGACCGAAUGCUGGUCCCAAUAUACAACCGGAGUAGAUUCCGACGCGGCUUCAACCACAAUCAACGGUCAUUCUUUGGAGUACCGCUCUACGUAGUGAUCACACGUGAUGAAGCGUAUGAUUACGAUGCAGUUCUGCGCAGAAUCCUAUCACGCGUAGCCAACCUCACCACUCGUGACAUACUCCGGGAGGACGAUGGGUUUGGCAUGAUCAGGACGGCUUCUGCGGAAGAUUCAGAUACCGUCGUCACCAACGAGGAGGACACGCAGCCGUUCGAUCAGCCGAUCAAGGCCAGCUCUGUCGAAGGAGAAGAUGGACUUGUGGAUGUGUCCAUGCGUGAUGCUGAUAACACUGUUUCUCAGGAGGAGGCGGCAACUGGCAAGGGUUCUGACGAGAUUCCUCCCGUUCUGCGGCCCGGCAGCUUCAUCCCGCCCAUGCUUCGCAACCUGUUCGAUAUCAGGUACGUCAGCUCAGGCGAUACGGAGCUCCCGGGAUUCUCCACCAUGAACGAGUCCCGCGAUUACCCCCUAGUGCUGUCCCGCGUUCCCGAGGGCGUGAACAGCAGGGGUGGCGCAGGGCAGAAAGGAAAGGCGGGUUUCGGGCUCCCGUCGGACAACGCGAGUGCAGUUAGCAGUGAAGACGAGCUGAGCGGCCCGGCCCAGCCUGUGAAUGUGAUGCGCGCGCGGGCCGACGACGACGUGUCCAACAAUUCCAGCUCAGCGGAGACGAAGGACGACAGCGCCUCCGAGACGGACUCUGACAGGCUGGCGGACGCAGCAAGCCUGCUGCGAGCGGGCAAGGCGGAGAAACGGAAGCAAAAGGCGCCCCAGCGAAGACUCCCUUACGUCAGGCCGGGGGACGUGAUCGUGCUAGACUGGAGUGAGGAGACGUACGAUGCCAUCUUCGUGACGACGAAGCGCCAGCUGCGGUCCAGGAAGAAGAAACGGGGCAUCACGCUGGACGAGUGUCUGGACGAGUUUGGGCGCGAGGAGAUCCUGUCGGAGAACGAUGCGUGGUACUGCCCUCGAUGCAAGGAGCACCGGCGGGCGAGCAAGAAGUUCGAGCUGUGGAAGUCUCCGGACAUCCUGGUGAUGCAUCUGAAGCGCUUCAGCGCGAAUCGAAUCUUCCGGGACAAGAUUGACGCCGUGGUCGACUUCCCCCUCGAGCUGGACAUGACCGGCAGGAUCCAGAUGCCGGGAGAGGGCGAGAGUAUGAUCUACGACCUGAUCGCGGUGGACAACCACUACGGAGGCCUGGGCGGCGGGCACUACACUGCCUAUGCCCGCAACUUUGUCGACGGCCUCUGGUAUGAAUUUAAUGGGGUAGACUCCCACGUGACCAUGAAGCGCGACCCGGCGAGCGUGGUGACAAGCGCGGCGUAUCUGCUGUUCUACCGGCGACGGUCCAACGGCCCGCUGGGGGGCGAUUUUUUAGCGAAGCUUACAGAGCUGGCUCACGACCGAAACAGCGACUCUGAGUCGGGGGGUGAGUCACGCUCCGGCAGCCGCCCCGCGUCCGCGUCCGGGUCGGGGGAAGGCAAGCGUCUCGGUGGGCUCUCCCGCAAUGGGUCGUCGAGCGCUUUACGCGGAGCCGCAGCAACUCGCCAGUCGGGAGAUGGUGGUUUGCUAACAGGAACCCAAGCGAAGAGCGGCAGUAGCAGCAGCAGCAGCGGCAUCGACCGGAGCGUCCGCCUGCCUCACCUGGAGGGCAUGGAGGAAGAAGAAGAAGAAGGAGGAGAAGAAGAAGGGGACGGAGAGGACGAAGGGUUCGGGGGCUCGUUCCGCGCGGGCAGCGCCAUCUACGCGCAGCAGCCGAGCUGGUCGUACGACCGGCUGGCCAACCACGCGGGGGAGGACGACGAGCUGGAGGGCAACACCUUCCCGCCGCCGGGCUCGAUCUACGGCGACGACGACAACGACGACGCCGCCAGCACGCAGGCGGAGCGCGGCGAGGGCGACCUGAGCGAGUUCGACCGGUGCUUCGACCUCGACGCGGCGGACGACACGGGGAUGGUGUUCUCCAGCAUGCUGGACGAGGACGAGCAGCACGCGCGGGGGCUGAUCGAGAGCAUCCCGGCCGGCGACUACGACGACAGCCCGGCCGUGGUGGAGGUGCGGGUUGGCGACGACGAGUAG